AUGCAGCUCCUCGUAGGGCUCAAUACUGCUCAGAGAGCUGCAGUGACUUCACCUGCAUCAGUCCUCCAAGUGUUGGCUCCUCCGGGGUCCGGCAAAACAAAGACGUUGACCUGUCGAGUCGCCUACCUCAUUGCCCAUUAUGGCCAUAACCCGCAAAAUGUCAUCUGUUGCACCUUCACCAUCAAAGCCGCCAGGGAAAUGCGGGAAAGGCUGAGAAGCCUGGUUGGCUGUGAACUCGAAUCGAAGCUGGUCCUUGGAACCAUCCACUCCAUCUGCCGACGAUACCUGGUCGCAUACGGCCAUCUUGUUGGAAUACCCAAGGGAUUUGGGAUUGCAGACACUUCAGACAGUAAUAGCAUAAUCAAACGAAUCAUCAAGCGUCUCCGCCUCACGAUAGAACCCAAAACUGCGAGAGCUAGGAUUUCGAGCCACAAAGCCAAAGGAAAAACGCUGGAAGACUUACCCAAGAAACCGCCCAAAGAACUCAAGGACCAAGAGUUCAUAACCAUUUUCCACGAGUAUGAGGCAGCAUUGGCAACUUCAAGACUACUGGACUAUGACGACCUACUCUUACGAUGUGUUGAUCUUCUGCGAGCCUACCCGGCUUGCGUGUCCAACAUCGAGGCAUUGUUAAUCGAUGAGUUUCAAGAUACCAACAUCGUCCAAUUCGAAUUGAUGAAAUUACUGGCGUCGGCAAACAGGAAAAUUACUAUUGUUGGCGAUCCGGACCAGAGUAUCUACGGAUUUCGGUCUGCAGAGAUCGAGAAUCUACGACGAAUGAAGGUUUUCUACCCUGAGACGGUGGUCAUCAAUCUCGAGGAAAACUAUCGCUCUGCGUCGGCAGUGCUGAAGCUUGCCCAGAAUGUUAUCGAACAAGACACCGACCGCCCUCAGAAGAAGAUGAAAGCAACCCAUUGUCACGGAAGUCAACCGGUGCUUCGACGCCUGCCCAAUCCAAAUGAGGAAGCUUUGUGGAUUGCUAGCGAGAUCAAGAGGACGGUGACGAUGACUGGAGGUCUGGUCCUGCAUUCCGAUGUUGCUAUCCUCCUCCGGUCAGCUUACCUCUCGCUGCUUAUUGAACGAGCGUUGGCAAACGCUGGUAUCCCUUACCGCAUGGUCGGUGGCCAACGUUUCUUCGACCGCGUAGAAAUCCGGAUCAUCAUCGACUACCUCCGCACAAUUAGCCAUCCUGACAAUAACCAAGCUUUUGUUGCCAUCAUAAACACACCGCCACGCAAAAUUGGGGACACUUCGGUCGCCGAAAUGAUCAAGCUCGGGGAAGAACACAAGCUCUCACUCUGGGCUGUGGUGCAGAAGGUUCUCACAGGAGAUCUGAAGCCUGAAAAGAGGCUUUCAAGGCCUGCAGAACAGGAGCUCGGCCGUCUGGUGGGCCUGAUUAGGUCUGGCAGACAAAAGAUGAAUUCCGUGAAUCCUGCGGCUACGGUUCCCACCAAACUUAUCGACUUCAUUGUGGAAUCUUUGGAUUUCGAGAAUUAUCUGAAGAAGAAAUACAAAGAUGAUCACGAGGAUCGGCUCGAGAACGUCAAGGAACUUAUCACGCAUGCCUCAGAAGUUCUGCUGCAGAAUGCCGCUGAAGAACCUCUGGCAACUAUCGACGGUGUGGAACAGGAAAUCUCCAAUGGUGGCCAGGAAGUCCUUGCUCAAUUUCUGGCGAACAUCGUUCUCUCAACCGAUGUUGAGAACACCGAAGAAGGGAAGGAUAAACCUCGUGUCACCAUUUCAACAAUCCACUCAGCAAAAGGUCUUGAGUGGCCUGUCGUAUUUAUUCCAGCAGUUUAUGAAGGCUCCAUCCCUCACUCUCGGGCUGACAACACUGAUGAAGAACGGCGAUUGCUCUAUGUUGCCAUGACACGAGCUCAGGCCCUUCUAACGAUGACUUUCCCUAUGAUGCAGUCCCGCGAUCAGGCUGAGUCCGCUCUUUCUCAGUUCCUCCCGCUAAAGAUCCACCAUCAUCUGGCCCAAGUUGGUCCCCUAUUCCAUGACCGCGCAAUUGAGGAUAUCGCAAGCAUUCUCCGACGGCCUAUGCCUUCCCAAGAAGAUCUCGCAAAGAACUUAGAGGGAAUGAAUGGCGAAGAAAGUACUGCCGAUGACGUCUGGCCUUCUGAUGGCAGCCGUCGACCUACACCAAUGCCUCCUGGCGUCACGCAGGGCACGACAGAGUUCGGCAGGCCACUGGCAGAAGUUCUUGCUGCUCAAAAGCAACAACAUCGGAGUUAUUCGACCGCUGCAAGACCAUAUGCCACGUCUGGCUCCGCUGGCUCCGCUUUUGUCACUACUAUGAACGACGUCAAUGCCUUUUCUACGUCAGAUAUGUCGCUGGGUUUUACCACUGCUAGCCACCAGCUCAAAACCAGCGUCUCUAACCUCAGGAGAUCUGCUUCUGAUAUUUUGCCACCUCAGAAGAAGCCUAAACUUUCGAAGUCGCUCUCAGGGCAGGGCACUAUCGGAAGCUUCUUCUCGAAGCCAGCUUCCCAAGCACCUCAGCUGCUGGGGAUUCCGAUUCUCGAACCGUAUGUUGCAGCGGUAUCCAAACACAGAUCUCCCGAUCAAGACGGGGCGCUUCCACCUCAACGCCGCGAAAACGGAGAUUUCGCCAAGCGCGGCAUUCCCGAAGAGUUUUCUGGGCACGAAUUGAACUUCCGCAACGGCAUGGUUCAUGGACGUCCUGUACCUCUGCAAGAAACGAGCAUGAAUUCUAAAAAUCGGUAUGCUGGCUUGUACAGUUCUUCGCCUCCGCCUUGUCCGCCACCAGCGAAGCAAUCGCCAGGCCUCAUCGAUGCUGCUGGUGAGAAACAGAUUUCAAGGGAUGCAGGGGGUUCAAAGUCAAUAACUUCAGGCGGUGCUUCAACCUCAUUCACGAGUCACGCUGUCACCAAGCCUGCCACUACUUUGCACAAGACUAAUAUGUCCUCGAUAGUCAAUGGCAAGCCCUUUUCGUCAGGCUUUGCUUCAGGGGUUGUUAGGAAGACUCUUGGAGUCAGACGCAGUAUGAAUGGGUGGGAGAACAGGAAGAACCGAUGA